GGGGGGGGGGGGUAGCACUGCAAACCCCGGCUUCGCGACACGACGGAGGCAUCUAUCGGCGAGACCGCGAUGGCCGUGGUGCAGCUCGACACGGAGGACCACCAGCCGGAGAACGGCUUCGUGUCCCCCGAAACCACGUCGCCGGGGCUGCUGACACGCAUCGACGGCUCCGUUCUGCCGUUCCUCGGGGGAUUUGGGAAGUACCAGAAACAGCUGAUCGUGCUGACAUGGAUCCCGGCGUUAUUUAUCGGAUUCAGCCAGUUCUCUGACAAUUUCCUCCUUGCCCAGCCGAACAACACAUGCAUCCAGCCGCUGGCGAACCUGACUAAUCACACCACGAGCCACUCGUCUUUGUUAGACAGCCCCAAAAACAUCAGCGCGAGGCCGGCCAGUAUUUAUGCCAAUGGAAGUUACGGCACCCACAAUGACACGACUGCCAAGCAGUGCGAGUGCAGUGAGUGGACAUUCGAGCUGCACACGGGACUCGUGCAGAACGUGGUUACCAAGUGGAGUCUGGUGUGUGGAUCAGCAUGGAAAGUCCAUAUUGCAAAGUUCUCUCUACUGGUGGGAUCUAUCUUUGGAUACUUGGUCUUUGGAAUCCUUGCUGACUGGUUUGGCCGCCACCCAGUGCUGAUCAUAUCGGUGCUCUUCAUGCUGGUGUUUGGUCUGACUGUGGCCUUCUCUGUCAACGUCCCCAUGUUCAGCACCCUGCGCUUCUUUGAGGGCUUCUGCCUGGCAGGAAUCACCCUUUCUCUCUACGUCCUCAGGAUUGAGCUGUGCCUACCAGGAUGGCGUUUUUCCAUGACCAUGGUGGCCAGUUUUGUGGUGCUGGGUGGUCAGCUGCUGAUGCCCGGGGUGGCCUACCUCUGUCGCGACUGGCAGGUGCUUCAGGCUGUUAUCAUCUGCCCCCUGCUGCUGAUGCUGUCGUAUAUCUGGAUCUUCCCUGAGUCACUGCGUUGGUUGCUGGCCACUCAGCAGUACUGCCGCUCUAAGUGGAUCAUGGGACACAUAGCAGAGAAAAACCGGGUGAACAUGGAGCUUGACACAGAUAACAUCCUCACAGAACUGCAGAGAGCUCUUCAAAAGAAACCCAAAAAGACGUGCAUUGUGAAAAUGGUCGGGACAAGAAACCUGUGGAAGAACAUUGUUGUGCUCUGCGUCAACUCGCUAACAGGCUAUGGGAUCCACCACUGCUUUGCUCGCAGCAUGAUGGACCCUGAAGCGCAGGAAACCACCAUGUUCCAUAACUUCUAUGCAGAUUAUUACACCAUGGCGGGCAUUGCGGUGGCGUCCUGCAUGGCACUGUGCCCGGCAGUGGGUCUGAUGGGCCGGCGGGGUGGCCUUCUCAUGUUCAUGAUCAUCACUGCCCUAGCGUCACUGCUGCAGUUGGGCCUGCUCAACUUGCUGGGGAAGUACAGUGUCCAUCUGAAUAUAGAUAGCUCAGGUACGCUGAAUAAGAACUUCUCCAUCGCCUUCUCCAUCAUCGGCAUGUUCUCCUCUCACGCAGUCAGCAACCUGAGCAUCUUCUUUUGUGCUGAGAUCACACCCACUGUGAUCAGGGGUGGUGGACUGGGCCUGGUCCUAGCCAGCGCUGGCUUCGGCAUGCUGACUGCACCCAUCAUGGAGCUCCACAAUCAGAAGGGCUAUUUCCUUCACCACAUUAUCUUUGCCUGCUGCACUCUCAUCUGCAUCAUCUGCAUUCUCCUGCUGCCAGAGACCCGCUACCAGCCCCUCCCCGAGACCCUGGCUGACGGCGAGAGCUACACUCGCCAACCUCUCCUUCCCCCGAGGAAACCUGGAGAACAGCGCCUCUUGCUGGCCCAAUCUGAGAGCAGCAGGGACUACACCAGGGUGCAUGACACGCCACUACACGAGGCAGCCGCCACCGCAGUGUCCACCAUGGACUCCACCGCUUCGUCAGCUGUUGAUUUGACGGUUCCGUCGGGCGGAGAUAUGUCUGCCCCCACAUUCAUGGAGGUACACCCUGGCAAGCCCGAGCUUAAAGACCCCAACAGUCAGUCCGUUUCAUCUUUAUCCCCGACCCCCAUCACAGCACUGGGUAAAGACGGCAUCAUACAUGCCAACAAAGAACACUUGCUGUCUUCCACUCCUUUACACAAAGCCCCGUGCAUCACAGACCCACUUUUAGCCGAUGCUGAAGAACCUCCAGCAAUAGUCCGGGAUUCUGUUGAGCCCUUGACGGAUUCUGCCCUUCCUGAGAUGAAUGACACUGUUCCUUCUCCUACAAAAGAGUCAGCUGAUACCCCUGCCCCUUCAUUGGACUCUUCCACUCCCCCUGUCCCUCAAACCGUGCCUGCCUCCUUAUUGAUCUGCACCACACCCGUCAUCGAGCCCCCACCUAGCUCCACGUUACAAUCCCCAAAUCCCCUAAGUAAUGACAUUGACAAUAUCACCCUGAAAUUAGACCCAACUUUGCCAGAGGACACUCACGCUACUUUAGCUCCAACUACUUCUCCCUACAGUUCCCCUACCCCAUCUAUGCAUGACAGUCUCCCUCCAUCUCCUGCUCCCUCUCCUAUUCCUAUGACGGACUGCGACAUUUCCACUGACCCUCCACCCUCCAUUAGCACACACUCUGACAUUCCCAUCCAGUUAACAAUAGUAGAUGAAUCUACAAUUCCUCCUUCAACUAGAGACUCCCCCACACCUCCUGUUGUAGACUCACAACCGCCACAGUUAGACUCUACCUCUCCCUGUGUUAAUGAUAUAUCUCCACGUUCCCCUACUCCCCCCAGCCUAGCCCCUGCUUUCCCUUCACCCACUCCACCUCCACCCAUUGACUCAGGCCAUUCGCGCUCAGAGGACUCUUCCACUCUCCCUGCCAUAGGUACUGUCAGCACUACUACACCGUCUCCUACCACUCUCCCCCUCACAGACAUUGUGCACACCUCCACUCCAGAAUCAGCCACUCUGACUGUCACAGACAUUUUACCAGAUUCAGCUGCAGAUUCAGUACCAACUUCCAUCACAGAUUCAGGCUCUACAGAAGCAACCCCCCCAUCUCUAAUGGACUGCACCGUCUCCUCCCCCAUAGACUCUGGUGUCCUCUCCAUCAGGGACAGUGCCAGCACAGAAAACAACACUGUCAACGGCUUGGCGUCGUCGUGAUCCAGUGUUGCGGCCAAGAAAAGAAGCUUUAUGGUUGCACCCGGAGGCAGCCCAUGUCACAUAAACGCCCAAUGGGGGGAUGGGGGUGGCAUGAACUGUCCUGUUCAGACUUCAGGCACUUAAUGAAGACUGUCCCUACCUGGAGUUGAGUACACAUGUCUUACAGAGUUGUCGUAUGUUUCACAAUGUGCCCCCCCCCCAUUUAGCCAAUAAAUGAGACCACAAAAGCGAAAGAGUGCUAGAGGCUGAUUUGUGACAAUGUGACAGUAUCUUCUGCUCUUUUUGAAUGUCACUGGAGAUCACCAGCCUAUAAACUACUUUGAUGUAAAUGAAUGGGAAAUCACUGUCUGUCAUUUUAAAGAGACUUAAAACUAUACCCACAAUCACUGAGAUGUGUCAUCAGGACUGGUGAGAAAUGCAAUGAUGCUUAAAAACAAAAACAAAAAAAAUCGAUUCACUGGUACUUGUGCUCAAACAAAAUGUCUGUCUAGCAUUUGUUAAAAAAAAAAUAUCGCCUUACCUGUGUGGACAAUAAAAUCUGAAUGUUACAAGGUACUUUUUGCUGUCAUAGAGGUAAACAAUCCAAAUUGGAGUGAUUUUUCUAAAUACAAUGCCAAAAACUUCUCUGACCAAAAUUAAUGUAGACAUAGUGCCAAAACAUCAAUAUUGACAUAGCAUUUUGAGAAAUACUGUUCAGUAUAGUCCCCUGCCAAAGACUGUAUGUGGAUUAAAGUGAAUAAGAUGAACCCUAUUUCAAACUUCAGAAAUACAAAAGAAGACUUCUUAUUUCUCAAAUCAACAAAAGACUGAAAGCUGUAUCAUAAUUUGAAGAAUUAGAAUUGAGACAUAAAAUUGAGUUAAACUUCUUUGGUCAGCACGUGAUUCAUUGUAUGAACAGUGAUAUUAGCAAAAAGAAUGACCCAUAUUUUGUUGGUCUGAAAAAACUUUUAUUUUUCCAAUUGUUUCAGUCAAUGAAAUUUAUGGUAUGCAAAUUCUUUAUUUGUAAAUGUGAUAUUGUAAGUAAAUGCAAAAUUAGUUGUUGAACUUGAUUCAUUUUUUUUUAAAAUUCAAAGCAUUAUUUUGAAGAAUCUCACAUGGUGUGCCCUUAUUGUACAAAGCUAUACUUCAUUCUAACAGUAUUUGUGGCACCUCAGUGUGGUGGCAUCUUAUGAUUUGCAGUGGGGACAUAGCAUGAAAAUAACUGUGAAUGUGUCAGCAACACAAAUUAGCAAACCUUAAAAAAAAAAAAGGCACAAAAAUUAUUUUUGAAAUAAAACCCAUGGAUGACAACAUUUUUGAUGUGAUUGCCAACUGUCACAACAUCGCUAACCUUCAGUGUGUUUCCAAAUCAUGUUCUGGCAUUAACAUUGUUUAUGUAUGUCAAUGUGUGCAUUCACGUGCACAACUAGGUUUACUUUACAUAAUUAAAUAUUUCAUACAUUUGUCAAAAUGACAAUAAUAAACAAUGAUAAACCUAUACAUAAUCUUAAAUUGACAGACUGUUGCUUAGGGAGGCACUUUUUCUUCCAAAGUCCAUGUCCAUCUAUGGACAGCAUUAUACUUGACUUAAAUAUGCAUGUAACUUGACAGUUGUAGUUACAUACUUCAUACUUUGGAGGUUGUAAUAUUUGUCUAAGAUGUGUGAUUACAUAUAGACCACUGUUUACAACAAUCCUCAUAAUAAUAAUGGAAAGUAAUAACAAUAAUUACACUGUACUGUAAAACUUUAGAGCCAACUGAAUGAUGUCUUGUCAUUUCAAAUGUGAUAAAACUCUCACAGGAUAUCAUAUUACAUUUAUCCAGGGAGUAUUGGUGAUCCAUUAACGUGUCAUUCAGGAGUCAAAGACAACACUAAACAGACCUAAAAGAAGAUCUUCUGUUAUUCUCACCAUCUUGUGGUACAUGUAUGAAGAACCUGACAUGUACUUUACUCACCAAAAUUGUCUUUUGCUUUUAUCCAAGUCAGAUAUGCACUGACAAUGGCUACAUAUUGGUAUCUAAAUGACCAGGCAGAUCUGCCUGUGGUCGUUUAUCUCAAAUGAAGCUUGAAUCAAAGUAUGAAAGCUCUAUUUUCUUUUUUUUUCUUUUUUUUGAUUCCGGAUGAUCUUUUAAUAGAUCAAGUCAACAAACUUUCAUUUAUGACAGAUUCAUAAGAACAUUUAAUGUCUAACGUGUGUAUGCCAUGCUGCUAAGCCUCAAAGCACAAUACCCUGCAAUCAUGUGAUGUCCGAAUUGGCGGAGCUUGGCAUCUUGACAGUAAGAAAAAAAAAAAAAAAAGAAAAAAAAGGGAAAAUGGAGUUGAAUUUUGAAUAAAAUAAAGAAAAUACUAGUUGUGUAUUAUCUUUUGUAGUAGACCCACAUGUUAUCUAUUUUGUGAAACAGGGUGUUGAACCUGCAGUUAAUAGGGAAUUCUUGGUGUCUGGAGUAGAGAGUGGGUUGACUGCAGUGGUCAGUAGCUUCACAUUCCUCCGAGUUCUUGUUGUCUGUGUUUGUUGGUCUCUCUGUCUCAGUGUGUGUUUUGCAAAUAUUGAACUGUGUAUCGCCCAAACCCCAUGCAACACCAGAUUAAAGACGAUGACACAGCACAAUAUAACCAGAGUCUUCUCUGGGAUCUGUUGCUUCCGCUUUCACAACUCCCACGCAGCUAUUCUGCAUUGCUGAGGGGAGCUAUUUCAUCUUUCUUAGUAAGCAUUUGGAUUGACUUUAUUUGGAGUAAAAUUUAAGUAAAAAUGAGUGAAAGUAAUCCAAAGCAACGUUAGCACCACCGAUAGGGUAGACAGGCAGACACUCCCUGGUGGAAAAGCAGAAAAGAAGAGAGGUAAUGUCUUUGUAAAUAGUAAAUGUGUGGAAACAUCCAGGUUCAAUAACAUGAAAGAUCCUGGCUCAUGAUAUGGAUGGACCGGUGAAUAGUUUUGAACUUGGUAAAUAAAGGUCUCAGAGACGUUGAGUCCCCAGUGUACACAUUUCAGGUUUUGCUUCUCUCAACCAUGCGACUCAGAAUCUCUUGACAGGAGAUUUGAAUGAAUGUAAAAACAAUGGAUUGUACCAUUUAUAAUUUCCAAUUGUUUGGUUUCAUCUUUUUUGUUUUGUUUUAACAGACAUAAUGCACUUGUAUAUAAGCCAUACCUGUUAAAAUAAACCA